ACAUCAAAAUUUCUUUUGAAAACCAUCUGUUUCCCAUUUGUUUUUUGUUCUUUUUGCUGGGACCCAUAUCUGAAGGAUCGUCAUCUGCCUAUAAGUAUGGCCUUGGCAGAAUCUAAUGUCCUUUAAGCAUCUCAUCCACAAUCUCAGCUGGAAUUGGGUGGGUACAGCAGCCACUAUGUAUGUUGGUUUAACAUUCCGAAAAUAAACAUGAUGAAGACAGAGUGUUCAGGGGAAAGAUCAACCCUCCGAAGUGCCUCUCCUCACAGGAAUGCUUAUAGGACUGAGUUCCAAGCAUUGAAAAGUACCUUUGACAAACCUAAGUCAGAUGGGGAACAAAAGACAAAAGAAGAAGGGGAGGCUUCUCAGCAAACGAGGGGAAGGAAAUAUGGAUCUAAUGUCAACAGAAUUAAAAAUUUAUUCAUGCAAAUGGGCAUGGAGCCCAACGAGGGUGCUGGUGGCAUCGCAAAGACCAGAAAUAAAGGUGGUCCCUUAUCUCCCCAAAGAAGAAUUAGGCCUAAAGAAUUUGUGGAGAAGGGAGAUGGAUCAGUUGUGAAGUUAGAAUCUUCAGUUUCAGAAAGGAUUAGUAGGUUUGAUGCUAUGCAUGAUGGUCCUUCUUAUUCCAAGUUUACUGAAACACGGAAGUUGUUCGAAAGAAAUGCUCUUGAAACAGGGCACUCCAAUCGCUGCUCCCCAAAGAAAGAGAGAUCUGUUUCUAAUAGUGAGCUUCAAGAUGAGUGGUGCAGCUCUAAGUCUAACAGAGGAAGUACAGAUUCAUUGGACAGUCUUAGUUCAAGGACAGAGACUGUUUCUCCAACAGUGAGUCAACUUAGUGCAGUGUUCGAAAACACUGACUCACAACAAAGUGUAAUUGUUCUAGAAAAGGCAGAAAACAGUGAAGAGUAUUCUGUAACUGGCCACUAUCCACUAAUCCUGUCUUCAGUGGAUACAAAUCUGUCUUCCAGUGUUGCAAACCUUGAUGAUUUUAGCCCCAUAAAAGACACCAAUGCUUGGCCUCCAGUAGCUAAAAAAAGUACCACUUCUGACGAAAACUCUGAGCAAACCAGUAGCAGAUCUCCAUCAGUUAAUGAAACUCCCAAAAGCACUUUGCCUGUUUUAAAAACAAGUGGAAUACAAAACAAGGAUGCCCGUUAUGAUUCUGUUGACGCCUGUGAAGCAAUUAAAAAAGACUCAGCAGAUAGACUUGACAGACAAAGUUUUGGUGAGACCUGUACCAGGAAUAGGGCAAAAAUAAAGCCUGAAAUGCUACCUUCACAGCAAAGAAAGAUCUCGGAUAGAGCUGAGACUGCAGAAAUAUCAGGGAACUUAAUAGCUGGUGAUGACAUCGCAGUCACUGAAGCUUCACAUUCUGUUGGCUCCCACUGUGAAGACACAAAUGGAAAGGAAGAACAGGAAGACCUGAAUAACUUUCAGAGUUCUCAUGUGUAUAUGCACUCUGAUUACAAUGUCUACAGGGUAAGAUCAAGGUAUAAUUCUGACUGGGGGGAGACAGGAACAGAACAGGAUGAUCAAGAAGACAGCGAUGAAAACUAUUAUUAUGAACCUGAUAUGGAAUGUUCUGAAAUUACUGGAUUGCCAGAAGAAGAUGAAAUCCCAGCAAAUCGAAAGAUUAAGUUUAGUAAUGCUCCAAUUAAGGUUUUCAACACGUACUCUAAUGAAGACUAUGACAGAAGAAAUGAUGAGGUAGACCCAGUGGCUGCAUCAGCUGAGUAUGAACUAGAAAAACGUGUGGAGAAGCUGGAGCUUUUCCCAGUAGAACUUGAGAAAGAUGAAGAUGGACUUGGCAUCAGCAUUAUUGGAAUGGGAGUUGGAGCAGAUGCAGGUCUUGAGAAACUGGGCAUAUUUGUCAAAACUGUAACAGAAGGUGGAGCAGCAGAAAGAGAUGGCAGGAUCCAAGUAAAUGACCAAAUCGUAGAAGUAGAUGGGAUCAGUCUGGUCGGUGUCACACAAAAUUUUGCUGCGACAGUUCUCAGAAACACCAAAGGAAAAGUCAGGUUUAUAAUUGGCAGAGAAAGGCCUGGACAAGUAAGUGAAGUGGCUCAGUUGAUUAGCCAGACCCUAGAGCAGGAACGUCGCCAAAGAGAGCUUUUGGAACAACAUUAUGCACAAUAUGAUGCAGAUGAUGACGAGAGUAUUGACAGAGAAUUUCAUGGAACCUCAGGCAACCACAAUAAAAAUAACAACUGUUACCUUAAAAAGACAGGGGAAUAUGCCACAGAUGAAGAUGAGGAUGACAUGGGGCCUGUCCUUCCAGGAGGUGACAUAGCCAUUGAAGUGUUUGAGCUUCCUGAAAACGAUGACAUGUUUUCCCCAACAGAACUGGAUACGAGCAAAUUGUCUCACAAAUUCAAAGAGUUGCAAAUCAAACAUGCUGUUACAGAGGCUGAGAUUCAGAAGCUGAAAACAAAGCUCCAGACUGCUGAGAAUGAAAAAGUAAGGUGGGAGCUGGAGAAGAAUCAGCUUCAGCAGAACAUCGAGGAGAAUAAGGACAGGAUGAUGAAACUUGAGAGCUACUGGAUUGAGGCACAAACCCUGUGUCACACUGUCAAUGAACAUCUGAAGGAGACUCAGAGCCAGUAUCAGGCCCUGGAGAAGAAAUACAAUAAAGCCAAGAAACUGAUUAAGGACUUUCAGCAAAAAGAACAUGAGUUUAUCAAGCGACAAGAAGCUGAAAGAAAAAAAAUAGAAGAUCUGGAAAAAGCCCACUUUGCAGAAGUUCAAGGUUUACAAGCUCGUAUCAAAGAACUGGAAACAGAGGUUUUCAGGUUACUGAAGCAGAAUGGGAGCCAAGUUAACAAUAACAACAACAUUUUUGAAAGGCAAACAUCUCUUGGAGAAGUGUCAAGAGGUGAUGUCAUGGAAAACGUUGAUGCAAAGCAAGUGUCUUGCCUGGAUGCCUUAAAUCAAGCUUUUAAUGAAGCAGUUCCUGAGACAGAAAGACUAGACUCUAAAGCACUGAAGACUCGAGUGCAGCUUUCAGUGAAGAACAAAAGGUCAAGACCAAGUAGAACAAGACUCUAUGACAGCAUCAGCUCCACAGAUGGAGAGGACAGCCUUGAAAGAAAGCCGUCUCACAGUUAUGGUAGUCCCAUGCACAUUACAAAAUCACCUCUGCCCAUGUGUAUGAGAGCAUCCUCACCAGCAUCAGAUUCUGGUGCUUCCUCCCUUUCCCCUGUGGCUAGUAAUGCAACCUUUGCAUUUGACAACGUAACUGGAAACCAGGACGAAGUACAGCUAACCAAAAGUGCUGUUUGUUCCCAUGGACAUACACCACUCUCCUCACCUUCAAAAUCCUGUCAGAGCUACGACGCUUCAGCUGUGCAUCAUCUAACCAGCAGGAAUAUCUUCCAUGAUGAAGAUGAUGCCACAGGUAUGCAAUCACCAAGAGCAUCCAGCCCUUCUAUGGGGCAUAUAAGAACAAUAAAACAAAAGUUUGUGGACUUGGAGGCUCCCUUGAGAAGAAGUUCUAACAAAGGCAAGAAGCGAAGACAGAAAGAGAUAGUAAGGGUCUCUACUGGCUGCAGGACAACUGAGGAACUGUUGGAGUGCUCAGCAAGUAGAGUGCCUUUAACCAAGCGAUCCUCCUCUCUCCCACAUAAUACUAUUCCAUUUACAUGGUAUGGAGAGAGCAGCAGGAGAUCCAGUUCUUCCACCAAUCUGCCAUCACCUACCAGCUCAACUGAUCCUUCUUCUGAAAAUCUAAGUCCAGCUAAAAAGGGGUCCAAGAAUUUCACUUUCAACGAUGACUUCAGUCCGAGCAGCACCAGUUCAGCUGAUCUGAGCGGCUUAGGGACAGAACCAAAAACCCCUGGAUUUUCACACUCCAUAGCACUAUCAUCCGAUGAGAUCCUUGAUGAUGGACAGUCUCCCAAGCAUAGCCAGCCCCCAAAUCGCACCGUUCAGGAAUGGAGUGUGCAUCAAGUUUCCAACUGGUUAAUGAGCCUGAAUUUUGAACAGUAUGUUCCUGAAUUCAGAUCCCAAAACAUAAAUGGGGAAUGUCUUUUUCAGCUGGAUGGCAGUAAGCUUAAGGCCCUUGGUAUGACAUCUUCCCAAGACAGAGCUGUCAUUAAAAAGAAAAUUAAAGAAAUGAAAGUGUCUAUAGAGAAAGCUCGCAAAGCUCAAGAGAAGAUGGAGAAGCAAAGGGAUAAACUUAGGAAGAAAGAAAAAGAGCCGCUUCAGAGGAAGUCCAGAAAGCCAGAGAAGCAUUCGCCAGAUCCAAUAGAGGGCGCUAAUGAGCAGUGAUGCAUAAGAGUUAAUCACUCUGUUGGGAAAAGGAAGAUGCUUUCAGGGGAGAAACUAAACAAAAAUCAACCCUGUUUCCUUCCCUACUUCCUUGUCUUCGUUACACAGAGCUCUGUACUCAUAUCUGAGGCUUUAACUAGAAUAAAUAGGGGAAAUGAACAUUGUAUAGCCACACUUUUCUGCAGUUAUAGAACAUGCUGGUACUUUUGACCUACUUGGCAGCCCCAAGCCAUGACUGUAUUUCACAUUUUCUCAUAAGUGGGCUAGCAAACCUGCUGUCCAACUCAGGGGCCAGCAUUCAGAGCCCUUUCCUUCCCGCUCCCUCAAUUGCUGUCGUUUGCAUUCUGCUGGCUGUGUCUGGCCCCUUUCAUAAUCAGUAUAGGACACAGUACUGCACAGCCUGCCAUGCUAUAAAUGUAAAAAUACCCCUGAAAGUGGGCAAUCCUUGAGAAGCUUCAAUGGACCUGUGAAAGUGCGUAAACAGGAGUCAACCAUAUAUCAGUUACCAUUCGAUUUCACAGGAACAACAGCCCUGCUUUGAAAUGUUCAUCCCUUCUCCAAAGCAGGGCUCAGCUCACAUCAGUACUCAGAGGUGAUGCUGCUUCAUCCCUACAGCCAUGGUUUCAAGACUUGAAAUGAUACACUGGAGAUAACAGGCAGCAGAGUGAAUGUCCCUCCUGCUCAUCUGACAGGAAGGCAGCCUUUUAUUAUUAUUUUCUCUGUGAACUGCACGGCGGUUUAGCUCAAGGAGGAAGCAAAGCCUUAACAUGCUAAUAUGGAAACAGAGAGUAACAUUUACCCUCUUGGCAACUGAGUGAGGCUGAAUUUCUAAUACUAGGUUGGCUUGUGUUAGAACUUUGGAGUAUAGUUUUUCAUUUGUUUUCCUCGAGGUUGGGAGGAGAUGGCUAGCUACACUUUCCUGUAGCGUGCUGUAUAAGGCUCCUUUUUUUCCAACGGAUAUUAGUACUUUUGUUGUUGUUGUCUCUUUUUCUAAGGAAUAUGCCCCACCCUCUAGGUUCAUUUUUGGCUCAAAGCAUUUUUUUGGAGAGUGGGCAGGGUUGGGGCUGAUAUGGCUAUUGCAGAGCUGGGAAUUGAGCUGCUGAAAUUGACUUCCAAAAUGAAUCCUAGUCAAGGCUUAGAACAUGCACUUUUAAACAGAUGGGAGAAUGCCAAUUAAGACAAUGUGUGUUUCAAAACUAAAUGGUGCCCUGUUAGUAUAAUGAUGUAGUGAAGAAGAAAGCAAAAAAGUAAUCCCAGAAUUACAACCCAGGCUCUUCUUAAGCAGGGUAGCUAUGUAGGAUAUUCUCUGAAAGCUCCGUUUAAAAGAAGUGGGCUAUAGGGAGUACCGUGCAAUUUGGUUUUGUAGGAGACUACCCUUCUUAGAUGACAAAGUCAUGAUCCAGCCAAAGUUGAGCACUUUUAAGUCCCAUCAGUUUCAAUUGAGAGAUUUAACCAUGUGCUUAACUCUUUUCUCCCUUGAAAUCAGUGGGACUUGUAAAAAAGUUGGGCUAGUUUGCGUCCUUCAUUAUUUUGCCAAAUGAUGGGCAAUAGCAGCAGUUCUCUUUGUAUGCAUUAAACAAAUGCAAGUAGGAUAUGAUUACAACCAGUUGUUCUGUGGCUAAUUCAUUUUUGGUUAGUUCAUGAAUGCUGCCUUUCACAGAACCUGGGACUGAAUUUCAACAGGCAGAAAGUUGGGUUCAAAUGAUGAAUGAAUUUGAAGUGAUUCUGUUAAUCAUACAUACAUUUUAGCAUCCAGAUCUACUUUAAAGCCUACCUGGACUUAACAUUGGAAUGCCACAAGCAAUUUAUUUAAAGUGCAGGAGGUCACAUUUUCAUUUCAGCUGUGAUAUUUUUUUUAUAUGCAUUGCUAUGUGUGGGUCACCAUCCCCAUCCCCACAAACCCAAUGCAAUUAUUUCAUGUUUCUGCUGUAACAUUUGAACUGAAAAUCUGCGGCAAGAAUAACAAAGAUCUGACACCAAGGACACCGUUUAGAUAAAUGGAUGCUUCUGGUAGGUCAUCACACUUCCAUAUGCAGACAGAGAGAGAGAGGAAGAGACCACAGUUCAGGCAACGAAAAAGCAUUCUCCCCUAGAAGGAAAAUACAAUAGAAAAAAAUUGACGGAGACCUGGUCAAAUUAGUGUUCUUUGGUUUAUUUUAGGAGGUUAAAAUGUUAUAUUUGGGUAAAAGAAGAUUUUUGGGGAGAAACUGAAGAUGUACUAUUUCAGCCAUGAAUGCAUUAUGGUUAAAUGUAUUUGAUGCUCAUUUUCUCUUUUAAGUUAAGUUUACAUGCUGGUAAUUUAAAAUGGAUGUAUAUACUAGUAGUGUCGAUGAGCACGUCCCUCUGCUUUACUUUAUUUAUGUCCUUUUGUCUUUCCUAAGAUCCCUGGGGGACUAUAUUGCAUUGUGUAUUGAUUUUUGCAUCCCUGCUGUUUAGAACCAUGUAAAUUGGUUUUUAUUACUGCAGAUAACUAAUUUUGAUUUAUAUCCUUUAAUGGGUCUCUUCAUUUGUUUAUUGCUCUGUGGCCAUUUUAGAGCACUGCAUUUUAACCUUACCUUUUUAAAAAAAUGUAAAAGUGGCCUAGAUUUAAAAUGAAAAAACAAACAAACCUAUAUUUAAGAAAGGCAUAAAAUGCAAACUGUUAAGGAAGCGCAUGUAAACAGAAGCAGAGUGCACCAAGCAAGAGACCACAGUUCUCCUCGUAGGUUUUAUAUGCUGCUGCUGUUCUUCUUUCUUCAUCCUCUGUUGUGAAAUGUUUAGCAUAUUGAGGAUAUCAAUACUUCUAAGAAUGUUUCUAAUCUAUCUCUGAUGAUCUCUUUAAAAGAAAUUGGAAAUAAAUUUCCGAAGUUGUAGGAAAAGCAUUCUUGGAGUGAAUGUUGCUGACACCCUGGGCUUGAUGAGCGAUUCUGUGCAUUUUUAAGAAGUGUCAGCCCAGUAGCUACGCUUUCUCCCCUUCUCUCUUUACUAAUGGUGGAAGACAUAGCACUUAACUAGUCUUGCCUUUUGCCACACAGCCAUUGAAGAAAACAGGAAGCCAGCUGGGGUUGGGCAUUGACAGUUGGUCAGAUAGAGGCUCUGCUGUCCAGAACUCCCUUGUUCAUUCCUAAAGGGGGAUGUGCUCGUAUUAACUGUAAGCCAACUUUCGUGUUCAAAUGACAACCAGAGGAUGGUUCAUACAUUGCACUGGAAAUGGAGAAUGGAGCAUUCCUUCUUCCUCCCCUCAUUAGCUCAAAUGUUGCCAAUCCUGAAAUAUCCCCAAAGCAAAUAAAGGCAUUCCCCAGUCUGUAUAAAAUGGAGUGUAUCCUGGUAGCUAGGGUUGAGCCAACAUUAGCAGUAUUUUUCCCCAAAGUAUGGGUUCCACCUAAGUUCCUUCUCUGUUCAUUCCAUUAUACAGGGCCCAUCCACAGCAUGAUGCAGCAGCUUCCCAUCUGCAUUGUCACCACUAAGGGGAAAUGCUCUGUUUUUUGGGGUUACAUGUUAAAUCUUCUACAAGAUCUGGUUUGUAUUCUCUAAUAGUGCAGUGGUGUUAGCAGUUGGCAAAAUUAAGCUUUAACUAGUUCAAGACAAAGUAAAGAUUCUACCACGAGAACAACUGUUUUGGCAGUGCAGGGGUCUACAGGUGGAGGAGAGGCCAGGGCACACUCAGUUAAUGUAAGCCAACAUUAAAGAAAGAAUACACUCCAGAGUCUUCACCACUACUUGGCCCCUUCUAGUCAUGUUACCCGCUUGCAGUGUGGUCAGAGGAAAUAUGAGAACAUGUGGCAGGCAGGAAGUCGGGCGCCAUAAGAGCUUGGGCCUACAAAAGCUUAGGACAGACUUUGCUGAAGUAACUGGUAAAGCCAUUGCUUGUUGAGUGCUCCUCUACACUGAAGACUUUAGAUCAGUGUAUAUAUAAGCACUGUUGGUCUGUACACCUUUAGAACAAUUCUCCCUGAUGCUAAGGCUUAAGAAGAGAUCAAAUGAUUUUUGAUGCUCCCCCCCCCCCUGUACUAGUCUCACAUGUUGGCUAAAUAGAAUUGUGAAACUAAAGACCCAAAGAGAGAAAUGGUGGUUUACUACCUAACUAGUGUUUCUUUUGAAGACACAGUUAUAUGACACUUUGCACUUUGUGUUGAUCCAAACAUUAAGAAAGAAAGCUCUUAAAAACAGGGUAUAUUCAUUUUAAAGGGUCUUUCCCAAGAAUAAAAGAGUCAAAGCUGACAAUGAGCAGUAAUCAUUUUGUUACUAGCUGGAGGCUGUCUUUCACCCCCCACCUUCAGCGAUAACACUCUUGUUUCUCUUUUAAAUAAUUCUUAGGAUUCCUUUCUGCAUUGCACUUUUGAGGUGUUAGCUAACUCCUUGAAGUGUCUCCCAUGCAUAAAAAUGAUUUGUCUAAAUGCUUAACACACAUAAUGGUCACCAAGUCAGACAUACAUAAUGAAAGCUGUUUCCAGAGUGUUGUCAGACUUGUAUCUAAUUCAGAGUUAGUGCCAUUUAUUUAAUAUCCCGGCAAAAGUGUUUUCUGAUAGAGGAAUGAAUCCUGUCUUUCAACAUUUAUAACCUUGGAACUUUUCCUUAGCAAGAGAAAGUGUGGAUUUGUUUAUCUCUUUCUUCCUAUGUAUUAAAAUCUUCAGAAAACUUGCUUCUUUGCCCAAAAUACUGGAAAGAAGCUGAAGAAGCUGGCGGGAGGUGGUGGAGAAAGAUAGAUGUUUUUUCAAGGCUGUAUACAUUUGUGUAUUUUGGAAGUUUCUACUAAUUUAAGAAAAACUACUAAUUCAGAGCGCAUACAAUUGAUUUUGGACUUUUUAACUAUUGGUCAUUGAAUCAAAAUAAUGAAAGUUAUUCAGGAAAGCUUUCAGGGGUGAUCUGUUUUAGAAAAUAAGACUCCUGUGUGCCCAUUUUGCACAGAGAUAUAUGUGAUUUCCAAAGUCAAGCGUGCAGCCUUAAACUCAAAGGCAGUCCACAAGAGGGUGCUAUUCCAGCAAACCCCAAGGAAAUUACUCGGGCACAAGGCAGGGAAGUAUUUGACUUUGGGCAUAACUUCUUCCACAUUAGCAAGUGGAAUGGCUGUUAACAACAUUUUACAGAUGAGGGACCACAAGAUUUUAAAGAAUGUUUUUUAAAACUUAUAUUUCGCAGUGUUUUCUCUGGAUGUGUUUAUGCAUGUUCUUUCGGCAGACUCAGUUUAGUAGAUUUGUUAUUAUGAAGACACCACCUUUUUAGAUAUUUUGUAAACUGUAUGCUUGAAUUCUGUUGGAAAGCUUUGAGUAAAUUUUGCUGAGCUGGAUUGUGACUUCAGAAAUGACUUGGCUAAUCAAAAGUUAAAAUAGUGGGUCAUUCACAUAUUUCACUGUCCCUCUGGUUGAUGUUUUUCUCCUUUAUUUUUAUUGCAUACUUCUGACACUGGAAAGUUGUGAUACCACAGUCAUGAAAAAAUGUGCUGUCUAGCGUUGUUCUGGGCAUAAGGAAAGAAUCUCAUAACUGAAAAAAAAGUGAGACCUUUGUAGGCUUUGGUUAUAAAGUGCAUGCAUCUUAUUUAGAACUUGAGGUUGUUUUCUGUGAUAUAGUGGUUGCUUCUUCCUUCUGGGCAUUUGUGAAGAUGAUCCAUCAAGCACUGCCGCCAUACAUCAUCUGUUUCUUUUGGUCCACUUCAAAAUGGUCCUUUUUCUUAUUAUCUUAAUGUUUCUAUGAAGAUAACAUCAGAAGACCCAGAGCUUGAGAGAACCACCAAUGCUAAAUCUCCCCUCCUAGAAACUGAAGCACCUGUCAUGAAGUGGAGCCACAGUAUGAUCUCCAGCCAUUGAACUAGGCCAGGGAUAGGGAAACCUGUGGCCUUCCAGAUGUUGCUGGAUUACAACUCCCAUCAUCUCUGACUAUUAGCCAUACUGGCUGGGGCUGAUGGAGUCCAACAGCACCUGGAGAGGCACAGGUUCCCCACCACUGAUCUAGGCAUCUGCUUUUACCUUUGCAGUGUAGUAAGAAGCUCAGGCUAAAGGAGCUCUCAACCCACAAAGAUCAUGUGACAAAAGAUUCAUGGAUUCUUGCACAACCACCAGUGAAACAAAAGGGUUGAGUUGCAGUGCUUGCUGGAUGAGCCUUUGGCUAUUUAAAAAAAGUCAUCUUUAAUGACAGCAGGUUGGGCCAGCAUUGGGCUCCUGGAUGGUUUACUUUUAUUUAUUUAUUUAUUAUCGUUAUUUUUACCCCGCCCUUUUUCCAAAACUGGAACUCACGGCGGCUUCCAGAUAAAAGCACACAUAUAAUUAAAAGCAUACAAAAGUCUAGAUUAAAAUCACAUUAAACUAUUUACAGUAUUAAAACCAUUCAUACAUACAGUUAAAAUAAUUCAAACUCAGUUUAAAAUAAUACAAUUAGACAAUAGCAAUGCAGCUAAGCCAGACAGAUAGCCUGGACCUAAAAAUCUAGAUACUUUUGGUCGGGCUACCAAACUCAUCUUCCUGUAUUUCUGUGCAGGGAUAUAUAUAUAUUAUUUUUAUCAGCUGAUAAGCAAGAGGAUUCCCUACUGCAGUUUGCUGCUCCUUUCUGAGAGGCCACUGUUUCUUUACAAAGGAGGAGGACAGGGAGAGAACCAGAACAUGUGGCGGGUGGCACACAAUGUUUCUCCCAGCAGAGAAGCAACUGUGACAGAAGGGAUCCUUUGUGAACCAAGGUAAGACACUUUUCAGUUUAGUUAGGUGCUGUUUGUAAAAGUGCAGUGCUCAAGUGUUCACAGUAUCUUUGCAAGGGAGGAAGAUGAGGAUUUAAUCACCAAUAGCUACAAGGCCAAACCCUGUUCCAGGUUCAAUAGGACCUGUGCCACUAAGCCAGUUAGCUAGAAACUGGAUAACUAGGAGCCACUGAAGUAGACCGCAGAAGAAAGUCAAAGAGCCAAUUUAAAAUAACAUCAAGAAGUGAAACACUAAACAUCACUUUAAAAUGGCAGCGACCCAGUGCACAGAAAAACAUUCUCACAUAGCAGUAUUUUCUGUCAGUUUCAUCUGUUUAGCUCCUGUUUUUGUAAAGAUUUUUGCAUUCAUAAUUGCAAUACAAAUUGUUUAUAAUUAGCGUUGCAUCUGGCUAAGACAAGGCAGCCCAAAAGUCACCCUGCAGAAGUGUACUGUGACCCCACUGCUUUAAAACAAAACAUUGGCUUGUCAGUCAAAGGGGAAGGGAAUGGGGAAUUGCGCGAGGUUGUAAUGUAUGAAUUGCAUGUUAUCCUGGUUUUAGUUGUGUGCAUUUAGGUGUCAAAUCAUCUGCAUGGAAGAUGCUGCAAUGCCCUGUCUGAGUUUGUAUGCUUGUGCUUUCUUAAUUUGUCCUUCUUUCAAAAUGAUUAACUUCCCAGGAAAAUGACAUUUCUCUUCAUUUAGUUACUUGAAGGCAUUAAAAUAAAAACAAGAACAAAAAAACAACAACCACCAGUUGCCCUUUGUAUUCUUACAUUUUUUUAAAAUAACCUGAUUAAUUUGUUAGUGUAUAUAAAGUUACUGCCACUGAGUAUUGUUGUUAGACAAUGAAUGCAAUAAAAGAAAUACUGAAACUC